ACACCUCUCGGGUGAGUCUGCAAGUGACUGGUGACUGACGACAGGGUCAAGUGUCAAGUGUCGUGGUUGAGAAGUGAUCAAAGCACAUUCGUAUUUUGUCUAACACCAACUAAAAUAGGCUACUUUCUUGACAAGAAGCAUCUACCACAACAUUUUCAAGUGUACUUAUUUCAGUGGUUUUCUGAGACCGUAUGGACUGACAUUCAGUGAACUUAGUCGUAUCUUACUAUUAUUCAAUGAACGUGAACUUAUCUUAUUAUCAUUACUCUUCGAAUGCAAAAUUAUGUUAUUCUGUGAAAGUAUUUUACUCUAAUUUUGUGACAGUGUUUCAAUAUUAUUAUAAAGAACAUCCUUAUAUUGAGUGUAUAGACAAAUAAGUGUGAUUCUCCUAUUUUGUGUUAUCGGGAAUAAUUUUAAUAUUUUGAACCUGAUGCAUUGAAAAAGUGUUUGCAAGUGAUUAGUCGCUCAUCUUCAGAGCAAUUUGAGAAGUGCAAAUGCGAACAAAAUAAUGGGCUUGGGCUGCACUGAUUGGAAGACAAGUGCACUUGGAAAUAGACAACUAUUGUAGCUGCAAAUCAUAAAGAGCAAUCACUUCUUCAAAAUGGAAGAGGCAAGUGGAAAGGAAAAUAACUGUCGAGAGAAUAAGCAUCCUGCUCUUUCAAAUGUGGGGGCUACUCUUGAAAUGAAAGCGUUAUGGGAAGAGUUCAACGAUCUUGGCACAGAAAUGAUUGUUACCAAAGCUGGCAGGCGAAUGUUUCCAACAUUUCAAGUACGGUUAUUUGGCUUGGAUGCUAAUGCUGAGUAUAUGGUCAUGAUGGAUUUUGUACCAGUUGAUGAGAAACGAUACAGAUAUGCUUUUCACAGUUCGAGUUGGGUGGUGGCUGGUAAAGCUGAUCCCAUCUCACCCCCUCGGGUUCACGUGCAUCCGGAUUCUCCCGCCAGCGGAGCGCAGUGGAUGAAACAGAUGGUGUCUUUCGAUAAGUUGAAACUCACCAACAACCAACUCGAUGACAACGGACAUAUAAUUUUAAAUUCUAUGCACCGUUAUCAACCUCGCUUUCACGUACUCUACAUUCCUCCUGGUGGAAGCAGUACUGGAUCAACUGUCGAUAAUUUCAAGACAUUUGUAUUUCCAGAGACGCGAUUCACUGCUGUAACCGCUUAUCAGAAUCAAAGGAUAACACAGCUGAAAAUCGCCAGCAAUCCAUUUGCGAAAGGAUUCAGAGAAUGCGAUCCAGAAGAUUGUGGUUCCGAGGCAUUAAAUCAGCUGCAAAUAGUGAACAAUCACUACCAGCCCAGACCUGCUUCUUCACCUUCCACCAGUUCCACUAGACCUCACCAUCACCAAUUCACAUCAAGAGAGACCAAUAAAGAUGCAUAUGUGAACGUAAGCAGAGGCAACUCGUUUGGACAAGGACCGAGUCCGUAUUUGCCAGCCAAUCACAUCACACCCUUUCACUCAGCCUCCUCUGCACCACAACCACAACCCCCCUGCACCCCCCUGCACUGCACUGGCACCAUUCCAAGCGCUGUAACGAGCAAAUCUUCCCGGACAUCAGCUGAUUUUUCCAUGAGCCAUUUCAACAUCUACAGCGGCACUCCUGAGACAAGUCUACAAGGACUACAACAUUUAUCAUCAACUCUCUAUCAGGACUAUAGCUCAAGCUAGUUACAAGCAUUUUCACUUGCACAAAAUGUAACUUCAGUCAAUUUCAAAUGAAGUUAAAAUGUAAAUAAUUUAAAUUUUGAAUAAUUCAUUCAAAUCAAAUUAUGACUUUUGUCAUACAUUUCUCAAUAACUUGAUUAGGCGACUAUACAAUCUAGUGGCAAACGUUAUCGAGGCGUUUUCUUUUACCUGAUUACUCAACAUAGAUUAUAAAAAUAUAUUAUUUGGUUCACAUACGGAGUCAAGUGUUAUUGAGUCGUAUAAUAUGGAGAGUCACGCGAGUAAUUGUAAAUAUUCAUCAUUGUUUUUAUGGAGGACUUGUUCUCAUUGUAAAAUCUAGAAUAGGCCUAACGUUCUUGGAGAGACAGAAUAUUUUUUGUGCAAUACUGUAUCUUCAAUGUGUUACUGAAUAGAGGAUACGAUUUAACACGAGAAAUUCUUACCUUGUUCAGUGAGAGAAAGACAAUAAAAAUUUAAAAUAGCUUAAAAUAUAUUUGAAUUUGAUUAAAUUGUAUACUUCUUUGUAAAAUCAAAAGAAAAAAUGUUCUAUGAAUCCAUAUAUGUCACAUAUAAUAAACUUGUCUUUAUUAUAA